CAAAACAUCGACAAUGAAUGAUUAUGAAGUAGCCAAUGUUCACGAUCUUCAUGUACUUGAACUUGAAGAGAGAUGGUGUUUGUACAGAAACUGGGUAGAGAAAUGGCGUGCUAGUAAACGAAUCAAUCGCGACAAUAUUUUGGCGGAGAAUACACAAAGGCUGUAUGAUUUGACGAAGCUUCGUGAGGAUGAGGAUGAAGAAAUUGUAAAAAGUCGUGAUGUGAUUGCUCUAACAACGACAGGAGCUGCAAAGUAUAGAUCACUAAUCAAUCGCCUGCCUAUUAAAAUUGUGAUUGUGGAGGAAGCAGCAGAAGUUCUGGAAGCGCACAUUGUCGCUGCUUUGCCUAAAACUACACAGCAUCUGAUUUUGAUAGGAGAUCAUCAACAACUUAAGCCUUCUCCAGCGGUGUACGAAUUGGCGAAAAAGUAUAAGCUGGAGAUAUCACUUUUUGAAAGAAUGAUUAAAAACGUACCACACGUUACACUUUCAACGCAACAUCGCAUGCAACCGUUGAUUGCUGAUUUGUUACGGCCACAAAUUUACUCCGAUUUGCAGGAUCACUCCAGUGUUUCAAAAAGGAACGGGUGGGAAAAUAUGAGAGGUCUCACUAAAUCAGUAUUCUUCGUGUCGCACAACAUUCCGGAAGAAAACAUGUUAGAAGGAAAAAGUAAGAAAAACAAGUUUGAAGCCAACUUUUUAGCGAGACUUUGUAAAUAUUUGAUACAACAGCAAUAUAAACCAUCACAAAUAACAAUCUUGGCUAUGUACGCUGGUCAGAUAUCGGCAUUCCGUUCGGUUUUAGAUGAUUCAUGCAAAGAUGUUAAAGUGACGCCAGUCGAUGGAUACCAAGGAGAAGAAAAUGACAUCAUCCUCUUGUCUCUAGUUAGAAGUAAUUCCGAGGGGAACAUUGGAUUUCUUCGUAUUGAGAACAGAAUAUGUGUAGCACUUUCUCGUGCUAGAAUGCUUUUUAUUGCAUCGGGAAUAUAGAGUUGCUGAAGGAAAAGAGUAAGCUGUGGAAGCAUAUUGCAUUGAAAUUGGAACAAUCAGGAUGUAUUGGAGAAUGUCUGGUGCUUAAAUGCCAAAAACAUCCAGAACAUUGUACUCCUGUUAAAAAUGCUGAAGACUUCGACAACGUGCCGGAAGGUGGCUGUACGGAUCGCUGUAAAGCCCGUUUGCGCUGUGGCCAUUCAUGUAAAACGUAUUACUGCCACCCGGGCAAUCACGACAAUGUCAAGUGUUACGAAAGUUGCACAAGAUCGUGCGAAAGAAAACACCCGUGUAGAAAAUUAUGUCAUGAAGAUUGUGGGCCAUGUAAGGUAUUGAUACCAAAAAAAGUUCCAAUUUGUGGUCACGUACAACAUGUUGAGUGCAACCUACCACCAGAAGCAAUUAUUUGCAAACAAAAGAUAAAAAUAAAACUUUUGUGUGGACACGAACCUUUUAUUCCUUGCUGCAAAGGAGACAUGAUGAGCAUUAGGCGUUGUCCUGUUCCGUGUGACAGAUUAUUUCAGUGCGGUCACUUGUGCGGCGGAACUUGCGGAAGUUGUUUGCAGGGUCGGCUUCACAUACCAUGCACGAAACGCUCAAAACGGACAUUGUGGUGUGGUCACUCGACUGAAUCAAAGUGUUGCACGGAAUUUCUUGUAUGUAGAGAAGAAUGUAAAAUAAGAUGCUCUCAUAGCAGAUCCAAAAAAGAAUGUUGGUAUUCAUACAGCCCAUGCGCACAACAAUGCCAAUGGGAAUGUCCUCAUUAUAAAUGCAGUAAGCUAUGUGGUGAACCAUGUGACCGCCCGCGGUGCAACGAACCGUGUACAAAAAUACUGAGAUGUAAACACAAAUGUUGCGGUGUAUGUGGAGAAGCUUGUCCAGAUAUUUGCUCUAUAUGUGAUGGGAGAAAGUUUCUUGAAAUAAUAGCUGAAAACGGAGAAAAUGUCAAUUCUCAACUGAUUCAACUGGAAGACUGUGGUCACAUUUUUUCUUGCGAGGCACUCGAUAAAUGGAUGGAUUGUCCAGAGGUUGGUUCAGAGCUAAAGCACAAAAUGUGUCCAAAAUGUAACAAGCGCAUAUUAUGGAAUUCAAGAUAUGGAAAUAUCAUUAAAAAUAUAUCAAGUGACAUGAGUAUAGUGAAGCAAGAAAUGAUCGAAUUUAACAAAUUAUUUUCACAUCUGAGGCAAGAAUUACAUGAUAUGUUUGAGACGAAGUUGAAUGUUGUGGGAUCAAUGGUAGAGAAAGGCUUCUUUGAUACAGAUGACUUUGCGCAUAUUUGCAAAUUCAAGGAGAAUAUUUUCGAACAUUGCUAUUCGAAAAUUCGCCUCUACGAACGAAGAGUCCAUAACCUAGAAAUCGUGGCCAAUAUUGUAGGAUCUUUGCCUGAAAAUCUCUCUAUACCUGGGAAAUCAUCUGUCGUUGUUUUAAAAGAUCUCAAGGAAGAUAUCAAAGAUCUGAUCAACUGGCUAAUGUUGCCCCGAGAAAUGUGGACGUAUAGUGAAUAUAAAGAUUUUAUACGCGAGACAUCGAGAAUUAGACAUUGUGGAUGUUUCCUCAAACUCUGUGAAAAAGUUCAUGAAGGAUUUAAAAGUCGACCAGAGUCUUUCCGGAAAGCCUUUGUUGAAGUAAAAAAACAACUUCUCGGCGACCCAUCAGGAUCGUACAAACUGUACGAUAAAGAUGUUGUUGAAGAUAUUCUGAUAAAAGAACUUUUGCCCCAUGUGGAGGGAGUCUCUCUGACAAAAUAUGAUGAAAAAGAAUUUUUUUGUCAGAGGCAGGCACCAAACAUAUUUGAGAGAAGGAUAAAGUGCCACAACGGCCACAUCUACUGCUCUUCUGCAGGAAAUUGUACAUAUUGCAUGUUUUUAUCCACGUAACUCGAAGAUAUAAACAAAAUACUAUUUUUUAAAAAUUUUGAUUGUGUAAAUUAACAUUAUUAUUGUCGAAUCAGAUGUAGACAUAUCUGAAAGAUUUUAUAUCAUGAGGACAUAGUACCUUCGAGAUCAUUCUUGAAUUUACGAUGGUGUUUGGCUAGUUGACACUCUGGCUAUUACACCGUAUGGAAUCUAUUCACAAAUAAAAACAACAAUUCAAGUUGGCAA